AAAUUGCUUUCUUUCUUCACUCUAGGGAAUUUUCCGACUUCUUUUCAUAAGGCUGAAUAGGCCAGAAAUUAAUUACUGAGACCACCGGGCCGUUCGGUUGAACCUCGGGAAGCGCGUCACCCUCUGCAAACAACGCGUUCUCUCCAACUCCUGGGGUGAAGCAAAAGAACAACACCAUUUAUUUAUCCAGUAAAUAAAUCAGCAAGAAAGGAAAAGAAGAAUGGCAGAUCAAAUGGAUGAUGCACUUCGCGAUCGACUCAAAGCCUCCCUCUGGUUCUCAGUCGGCAAGAUCGUCGAUGAAGAAUCAUUGCGUUUAAACACAAAUGCUACGCCUCAGUUCAUCGGUGCUUUGACUGAGAUGGUAUGGAUGCAGAUCGAAAACAUAGCGACAGAUCUCGAAACCUUCGCCGCGCACGCAGGACGCAGCACGAUCACAACAGCUGAUGUGUUGCUUAUAACACGUAGAAAUGAGGCUUUGCAGGGUAUGAUUAGGGAGUUUAUAGAUAGGGAGAAGAUGAAGAAUGGAAGGGGAAGGGGGAGGGGAAGGGGGAGGGGGUGAGUUGGGAGGGGGGUGUGGAGAGGGAGAGGGAUGGGUUAUUGGAUUAUGGAUUGGUUUGGAUUGGUAUGUGAAUAGAGGAGAGGAAAGCUGAAUGCAGAUGGCCAGAGGAUGGAUGAAUACCUUAGACAAGGGGAUAUGUUGUUAAGGGCGAGCGAUGAUGGAGUGAUAGUAGUGAGAAGUUGAGAAUCAUACGACAGAGGCCUCAGAUAUUACGAGGCAGCCAGCAUCUCAGUCUCAUUCAGACAGGGAGAGUGCUUCAAUUCAAGAACACUAUAUGCA